AUGAUUUCCCAGAUAAACCACCGCAUACCGCCAGUUAUCACUAUCAAAGAUGACGAGCUUCUUAUCAACACGUGCUAUGCAAUCAAGGCCCUCUUCGAGGGACCCUUUCACCUUUUCACUACUCUCACACGAGAGUCCACCAUGCGCUCUGCAACGCUUCUCCGCCGCUUCUUCUACAUUGACGAUCACAACUCAGAAAGCAAGAAGCACAUGAGGGACCAGUUCCUCAGUGAUACGAAGGUCAGGGGACAGGUAGCUAUCAUCGUUGCUAUCCACACGCUGCGGACCCUCAACGUCACUAUCGACAGUCUAGAAGUCAUACACACGCGUAUAGCCACCUUCCAUCAGAUGUACAAAGCAAAUAGCAUAGCGCGUCUCAAGGACUCCUCACUGAUGGCGCGCUUCUUUGGCUUCAGAGAUGUUGGUCAUGUUUUAGAGUGCUAUGGCCUGACGCUCCAGAUCAAGAAGGAGGAUCGAGUUCAUGCCGAGUUUCAACAAAUGGAGCGGCAGUUCAUUGCAGCAACGAAGCUCGAUCUCUACCGCGACAUUGCCGUUGGGCUGUCUCUCUGCAUGCUCAAGACGUAUUGUAACUUUCUAGAAAAAGAGCAGUCCCCCCUUGUCUUUUCACAGGACGACCUCGAUAGGCAGAUAAAAACGGUUCACGACGUAGAGUUUGCAGCAUACUUCGCCACUCCCAUCCCUCUUUACCUGAUAACAGCUGCAGAGGUCUCCAUUUUCGUGAUUUACUCAUCGUGCAUUAUGAACUCCUUUACGAAGCACGCGGACGACUUUGUUGAAUACGCUUGCUCUUGUGGGAAAAUUCCAUACUCGACAACAGUGGAGAGGUAUAGGAAAUACUACAAACAGUACGAGACAGAGCUGAGGGCACAGCUCAAUCAGUAA